ACAGCACAUACCCGGUCUGGGUCCUUUCACAAUAACAACAUGGCUGCUUUCUGUAGGGGCAGACACCGGUGGAAAAGGACUAAUUUUCUGCAUGUUUUGACAAGAAACCUGACAGGGAAGUAUGACUAUGACCUGGUGGUUAUUGGUGGUGGAUCAGGAGGCCUUGCCUGUUCCAAAGAAGCGGCACAGUUGGGACAGAAAGUAGCUGUUUUAGAUUAUGUGGAGCCAUCUGUUAAAGGUACCAAGUGGGGUCUUGGUGGUACAUGUGUUAAUGUUGGCUGCAUCCCUAAGAAGCUCAUGCACCAGGCUGCUCUACUUGGUACUGCAGUCAAAGAUGCUAAGAAGUAUGGCUGGCAGAUCUCAGGGCCAAUCUGUCAUGACUGGGCCACCAUGGCAGAGGCUAUUCAAAACCACGUCAGGUCCCUGAACUGGGGGCACAGAGUUCAGCUCCAGGAUAAGAAGGUGAAGUAUCUGAACGUCAAAGGGAGUCUGGUGGAUAAACACACUGUUAAAGGACUCUCGAAAGCUGGGAAAGAGAUGAUCCUGACUGCCAAGAACAUUGUGAUCGCCACAGGUGGACGACCCAAUUACCCAACAAAUAUCCCAGGAGCAGUGGAGCACGGCAUCACCAGUGACGACAUCUUCUGGCUGAAAAAGUCGCCCGGGAAAACGCUUGUGGUUGGAGCCAGCUAUGUGGCUCUGGAGUGUGCAGGCUUCCUCACCGGCAUUGGCUUGGACACCACAGUGAUGGUCCGCAGCAUCGCCCUCCGGGGGUUUGAUCAGCAAAUGGCAGGUCUAGUGACGGACUACAUGGACGCAUAUGGGACCAAGUUUGCAUGGAUGUGUGUCCCAAAGAGAGUGGACAAACUGUCCUCAGGAGCUCUCCAGGUGACCUGGACUGACACCCACACAGGCAACGAACACAAGGACACCUACGACUCUGUGUUAUGGGCAGUUGGCAGAGCCCCUGAAACCAAAGCGCUGGGCCUGGACAAGCUUGGCGUGCAACUCAGAAAGGAGACGGGGAAAAUAGUUGUGGGCGCUGACGAAUCCACAUCGGUGCCAAACAUCUACGCUUUCGGUGACAUCGGCGAGGGUCGUCCUGAAUUAACCCCAACAGCCAUUAAAGCGGGAAAGUUUCUCGCCCGCAGACUGGCUGGUCACAGCACUGAACUCAUGAACUACGACAACGUGCCCACCACAGUGUUCACCCCCCUCGAGUACGGCUGUGUGGGUCUGUCUGAGGAGGAGGCUGAGAAGAGGCAUGGGAAAGACGGCAUAGAGGUCUACCAUGCUUUCUACAAGCCUCUGGAAUUCAGUGUUGCAGAGCGCGAUGCCAGCCAGUGUUACUUAAAGGUAAUAUGUGAGCGGGGUGGAGACCAGAAGAUCCUGGGUCUGCACUUCACCGGUCCAAACGCUGGGGAAGUCACACAGGGCUUUGCUAUGGGCUUCCAGUGUGGAGCAACAUAUUCCCACUUGUUGCAGACGGUAGGCAUCCACCCAACCUGUGCCGAGGAGCUGACCAAGGUCAACAUCACAAAGCGGUCCGGCUUGGACGCCACGGUAACCGGCUGCUGAGGUUAAGCACCUCGGUCUCUGAACACUGGUGAGCACACAGGGUCCGUCUGUGGCACUAGAAAGAAGUUAGCCUGGCUUCCUCCUGCUUCUUCUCCUUGUCCCUCUCCUUCUACAUGGCCCCAAAAUGACCCCCAGUUUCCCAGUGCUUUCUCUGGGAUCAGGGUCUCUUCAUAGGCCAGUCAUGCAGAUCAUCACUGGCUGCCCAGGUUAGUGUCACAUCAUAACCAAGGCUAUGAUUAUUCCAUGUACAUGGAUUUUGUGAGUGUAUCCUCUAAAAGCCCAGGGUUAUAGAUCAGGUUAGUGAGAGGCCUGACCGCAGAGCGAGCGUCUUUUAAAUAAACAGGCUCAUCAAUCAGGAUUAAGGCCUGUGCUCAGGGUUUUGUUGAAAUCAUAACGUUUUACUGAAUAUAUAUAUUCUGCAAAUAUUGUUGUUUCUCCGGCUGUACUUCCUGUCCAUUAGUCUUGGAGGUGACACAUACCAUAUACCCC